AACGAAAAAGUUGUUUGCAAUUCCCAAUUCUUCCCAUUCUCGGUCAACAUCGCCUUUGCUCGGAUGCUGGGUGUACUUGUUUUCGCCGACUUUCCAAUGACUGAAAUACUCGGUGUGCAAGGGCUCACUCUGGAGCUCAUCCGCGGAGAGGCCGGUCCAAAGCGGGAAAUCUGGCUUCAUGUGCCACAACCUCCAGGGGCGUGCACCCAACGCAACGGCUGUGGAUCCACUCGACAAGAAAGUCACCAAAAGUAUGAGCAGUACAAACGAGAGCCGGGAGAAACUGAGAGCGGGCUUUUGCGGGAACGAGUAGAUCUCGUCUUCUGCAUUCUCGACUGAUG